AUGGGUAAUCAGAAGGUCCUGAUCAUUUGGGUGUGGAUGUUACUGUUGGCAUCAUUGUAUCCUUCGGCCCACUGCAAGCGUGGAGGAGGUUUUGGUGGAAGAGGCAAGGGAGUGGGUCUGCCAGCCCGAGCGCCUCCUUCCCACAGCAAAGGAAGGCAGGGCCUAAAGCUGGCAGGUGCUGCAGCAGCGGGGGCUCUCGGUGGAGCGGCCAUCGGCUAUGGGCUGGGCUCUCUUGGCAGACCGAGGUACGGCUACGGUUAUGGCUACGAUGGCUCAUCAGAAGAGUACAGACGCUAUUACCCUGAUGGACAAGGAUACAAUCGCUCGGACUGGCAGCAUUACAGGAACACAGGCAGCUCAGAGCACGUGGCCAGCGUCCUUAUAACACUCGGAACAGUCGCACACAUCUUUAUGUGGGGAUGA